AAUUUUAAAAUAUUUAAAAAUCCAACCGAAAAGUGUCUAAAAACUAACUUUAAAUUUAAAAUAAAAAUAGUUAUUUGUGCCUUGUACCGUUUUGUACCAGUUGAGCGAAAGCCAUGACUUCAUCAGAGUAAAUACAUAUGUAUGUACAUAUAAACUCAAACUACUCCCAAGGAUUAAACAAAGCAGCAACAGGGCGGACAGAAAAAUGAGUGUACGUGGCAACAGUGAGAACUGCGUGGAGGAGCCUGUUGCGCCGGAAUGGCUAUCGAAAUUAGAAAGCCGCCGUGAGAAUUUGCAACGCUCCACAAAGUUGAGUCACGAAGUGGGUGCUGGUGCGCCCUGUGGAGAAUGUGGAGAUAAAUGCCCUGGGUUGGAUUUGCAUUUUUGGCGUAAAGUAUGCCGUAAUUGCAAAUGUCGUAAGGAUCAGCACAAAUGUGUGGAUGAUGACCUGUCAUCAUGGGCACAGUUUGAAAUUUUGGGACAAAUCUGUUCAAAACCAGCUUUCAUUAAGAUUAAAGCGCUUGCAAGCCAACCCGUACAAGUAGAUUGGGUGCCACCGAACACCACGCCAGAUGUUGUUUCCGAUUAUAUGGAAAAAUUGGGUGCUACCAAAGUGCCAGUUGUGGGCAGUGAUGCUGCUCAAAAACGUAAGCAACAAUUGGAAUUCCAAGUGCCGCCACAUGAUCUGAAUGCUGCACUAUGUGACAAUCUGAGCGAAGCCGAAGCCGCACAACUACAGCAAUAUGUAGUGAAGAUUAGAGAAAAUUGCGUUGGCCAGGGAGUCGUUGUACGCAUCGGUAAUAUGGGCAUCGGUUUUGUUGAAUAUAUAACACCGCAACAACAAAAUAUUUCUAACAUGGAUGCAUACACACUGCCAAUGAACAUUCAACAAAUACCAUUAAAUGCUGCCCUAAGUAGCGAAACAAGUGAAAUAUCCUUCCACUCACCGGUACCGGUCAAAAGUCUGGCUCAUGCACGUUAUAGCGCUCAAAUGCGGCAGGAAACGCCCGCAAGGAAACUUAAAUUCGGCACUCUAUGCAAUUUGGCAAGUGUAUGUGGGUUGCCAGUAAAUGUUGAUUACGAUAAAGAUACUGUUUUCGCUCAAAUACUUCAUUCCGAACCACUUAAAAAGGCCAUGGAAAAUAAAAGUAAAGGCUUGGCCACUUUACCUGUAGUAAUUUCACAAGCGCAUAUGUUGCCAGAUUUCAUGAAUGCGUCAAUUUUGAGUUCAGCCACAAAGCAGAAGCUUAAAGACAUAGGUGUCAAUGUAAAGGCGGUGCAAAGUGCCUUACUGAAUAGCCCAUUUUAUGAUGCACUUUAUGACACAUUAAAACAAAAUGAUAUAAAAUUCGCCGAGUGUCGCGUCUUAGGCCCCAUACAGGAGCUCAGAGAGGAGGUGCUAGUGAACAAACCAGUAGCCGAGGAGCUCAGUAGUUUUGUAUCUCAACUGCCAAACAGCCCUGCUAUUAUGUAUACAAGUCCCAUAGAUACUGGUUUAGGAAAGCCGGGACUUAGUGGUUCCAACAGUAACGAUUCAGGCUUUGGUUCUAAGGCCUCAACACCGGUGGGUAGCGUUGACACGGUGGCAGGGGGUUUACCAAGUGCCUUUCAACAAAUACGCAUUGCUAACAAUGUAGCAAAAGAACCUCCACCAGUUGUGAAAUGUCGUGAUUGCGCCAAGCCCAUAGCACUUGGUGAUGUCGCUGUAAAAGCAGAACGUGCUGGUAAAGAAAUAGCCUGGCACCCCGAGUGUUUCAAAUGCUAUACAUGCCGUGAGCUGUUGGCGGAUUUGGUGUAUUUCUUUCACGGUGGCCAAGUUUAUUGCGGUCGUGAUUUAGCUAUUAAUUUGAAGAUACCGCGUUGCAAGGCUUGCGAUGAAUUAAUCUUCACAAAAGAGUACACUGCCGCCGAAGGUGCUACUUUUCAUAUUAAACAUUUUUGCUGCUAUCACUGUGACACACCGCUGGCUGGGCAACAGUACAUACCAGACGAAAAGACUAAUAUGCCGUUAUGCUUGAAAUGUUACAACGAUUUUUUUGCGGCCACUUGCGAACGUUGCAAUCGGCAAAUCGAACCUACCGAUCAAGGUGUUGCUUGGGGUGAUGUGCAUUGGCACAGCAACUGCUUUAUUUGUGCAGGUGUUGAUUGUGGCAAAUCGUUGAUCGGUGGUCGCUUUUGCGUGAAACAGAGAAUGCCUUUUUGCAGCCCAGCAUGUGUUAGAAGUAUUAUAUGAAACAAUGUUUGAUAUAGAACUUAGUAUUUACUAUAACAUAAGUAUUUAGCACAAGACGAACAAUGACAUAAUUCCUAUUUAAAAAUGCAUAAUAUACAUAAAUAUUUUUAUAUACUGUAUUUUUUCAAAAGUAUGCCAGUUUACUUAUUGUAUUUGCACGCUUUGAGGUGUCACGAAAUAAACUUAUACACUUUUUAAAUGUG